UCUCUUUUCUUUCCUUCUUUCUUCUCUAGAUACUUUGUCUUUGUUCAGGAGCCUAAGGUUGCUUGCUGAUCACAAGAAGAUGUUUCUGUGGCUCUUUCUGGUUCUGUCAUCUCCUGUUACUUCUACAACUGCAGAUGCUGAUAUAUCUGUGGAAAUUUGCAAUGUUUGCUCCUGUGUGUCGGUUGAGAAUGUACUCUAUGUCAAUUGUGAGAAGGUUGCAGUCUACAGACCAAAUCAGCUUAAGCCACCAUGGUCUAAUUUUUAUCACCUCAACUUUCAAAACAACUUGCUAAUUAUUCUAUAUCCAAAUACCUUUCUUAACUUUACACACGCAGUGUCUCUGCAGUUGGGUAAUAAUAAGCUGCAGAACAUUGAGGGAGGGGCCUUUCUGGGUCUUAGUGCAUUAAAACAGUUGCACUUGAACAACAAUGAAUUAAAGAUUCUCCGAGCUGACACUUUCCUGGGCAUAGAGAACUUGGAGUAUCUCCAAGCUGACUACAAUUUAAUCAAGUUUAUUGAACGGGGAGCCUUCAAUAAGCUUCACAAGCUGAAAGUCCUGAUCCUUAAUGACAAUCUGAUUUCAUUCCUUCCCGAUAAUAUUUUUCGAUUUGCUUCUCUAACCCAUCUGGAUAUACGAGGGAAUCGAAUACAGAAGCUUCCAUACAUUGGAGUUCUGGAACACAUUGGGCGAAUUGUCGAAUUGCAGCUGGAAGACAACCCCUGGAAUUGUACUUGUGAUUUGUUGCCUUUGAAAGCAUGGCUGGAGAACAUGCCCUAUAAUAUCUAUAUUGGAGAAGCUAUCUGUGAAACACCCAGUGACUUGUAUGGAAGGCUGCUGAAAGAAACCAAUAAGCAAGAGUUGUGCUCCAUGGGGACAGGGAGUGAUUUUGAUGUACGCAUUCUCCCUCCCUCUCAGCUGGAGCCUGGUUACAGCACUCCAAAUGGUCACACCACUCAAACAUCAGUGCACAGAUUAGUCACAAAGCCACCGAAGACUACAAAUCCUUCGAAGAUCUCGGGGAUAGUAGCAGGCAAAGCACUGUCUAAUCGCAACCUCAGUCAAAUUAUAUCCUAUCAGACCAGGGUGCCUCCUUUAAGUCCCUGCCCGGUUCCUUGCGUUUGCAAAACACAUCCUUCUGACUUGGGAUUAAGUGUAAAUUGUCAAGAAAGAAAUAUAGAGUCAAUGGCUGAACUCCUACCAAAGCCAUUAAAUGCCAAGAAAUUGCAUGUAAAUGGCAAUUAUAUUAGGGAUGUGGACACUAUGGAUUUUGUUGAAUUUGAGGGGCUGGAUUUACUCCAUUUAGGCAGCAAUCGGAUUUCGGCGAUCAGAGGAGAAGUUUUCCGCAACCUUACAAAUUUACGGAGAUUGUAUCUCAAUGGCAAUCAGAUAGAGCGCCUGAGCCCAGAAAUGUUUGCUGGCCUCCACAACCUGCAAUAUCUAUAUUUGGAAUACAAUGUUAUCAAAGAAAUCUUAGCAGGCACCUUUGACUUGAUGCCAAACUUGCAGUUGCUCUACCUGAACAACAACCUUCUGCGAAGCUUGCCAGCAUACAUUUUUGCCGGGGCACCACUUGCCAGACUGAAUCUGAGGAACAAUCAUUUCAUGUAUUUACCUGUAAGUGGCGUUCUUGAUCAGCUGAAAUCCCUUACGCAAAUUGAUUUGGAAGGUAAUCCAUGGGACUGCACUUGUGAUUUAGUUGCUUUGAAACUGUGGCUUGAAAAAUUAAACGAAGGUAUUGUGGUGAAGGAAUUAAAGUGUGAAACACCUGUACAGUUUGCUAACAUUGAACUUAAGUCUCUGAAAAAUGAGAUCCUCUGUCCUAAACUUUUAAACAAGCCAUCUGCUCUGUUCACUAGUCCUGUGCCUGCUGUCUCUUUUACAACACCACUGGGACCGGUCAGGAGUCAUCCUGGUGGCCCAGUUCCAUUGUCCAUCCUAAUCUUAAGCAUAUUAGUUGUGCUUAUUUUAACAGUGUUUGUUGCUUUUUGUCUUCUUGUUUUUGUGCUUCGGCGCAACAAGAAACCAGCUGUAAAGCAUGAAGGGAUUGGAAAUCAAGAAUGCAGUACUAUGCAACUGCAGCUAAGAAAGCACGAUCACAAGUCAAACAAAAAAGACGGAUUAGGCGCAGAGGCCUUCAUUCCUCAAACCAUUGAGCAGAUGAGCAAAAGUCAUACCUGUGGCUUAAAGGAGUCUGAAACGGGCUUCACGUUUGCUGAUCCACCAGGGCAAAAAGUCAUUCUGAGAAAUAUGAAUGACAAGGAGAAGGAUUUAUUGCAUGCGGAUUCCAGAAAAAGACUUAGCACAAUCGAUGAACUGGAUGAGUUAUUCCCUGGGAGGGAUUCCAAUGUAUUUAUUCAAAAUUUUCUCGAAAGUAAGAAAGAGUACAACAGCAUAGGGGUGAGUGGCUUUGAAAUACGUUACCCAGAGAAACAGCAAGACAAAAAAAACAAGAAAUCUCUAAUAGGUGGUAAUCAUAGUAAAAUUGUAGUAGAACAAAGGAAAAGUGAAUAUUUUGAACUAAAAGCUAAACUUCAAGGUUCUCCUGACUACCUACAAGUCCUUGAAGAACAAACAGCUUUGAAUAAAAUAUAGGUCAUGCAAUCUAAUUGCCUACAGAGGACAUUUAUUUAAUGAUGAAAGUGCCUUUUGUUGACUUCUAACUUCCAAAUACUAUAUUAUAUUGGUAGGCAUAGAGGCAGGUGUAUCCGAGGGUGUCUGAUUAACUGUAGCUGCGUAUGAUUUGUCAAUUAGAGGAGAAUUUCCUUAGUAGAUUUUACUACAUAAAGCUCAUGCCCUGUGGAAUCCUGUAGGGAUACUGCAAACUCUAUUGCCAAAGGGAUGCUUUAUACACGUUACACUGAAUUUAACCUCAAGAGGCAUAUAUGUUUUGUACCUUAAAUGCAAAACCAUCGUCUCCUUGUGAUUUGUUAGAGCAAACACAAGAAACUUGGUACUGGUGUUCAUACCUCAGCUGGGUCCUUCAUCCUGCACGUGGAUUUAAGUUGGUGGAACUGGAGUAAUCCUUUUGUGGUGUUGUAAUGGCACUGUUUAAAGAUUAUCUGAAAAGUAACAAGCAUGCAAAGAGAGAACAUUCGAUAGUAUGUGUAAAUUGGUUACAUUUAUGGCCUGCAUUUUGAAACCACUGGAAUUAUAAUGUUAAAUUGUGCAAAUAUUUGUUUAAAAUAUACCAUGAAUUACAUACCUGUGAAAUAAAUUUGACCACUUGAAGCAUACAUGUCUAUACAUAACAUUAAAAAAAAAAAAAAGGAAAGAAAACAGUUCAACUUGACUUCUGCGAUAUUUGUGGCAUCUGAAGAAAAUAUUUGCUGUUUAUGCAGAACCUGUUGUAAGACUCAUCUCCAAUUAAACCUAGAGUUCCUUCUCAGUUAUGUGAAUAACUUGCAACCCUAACGGGUUGUCCGAAAUUGUCAAAAUGCUUACUGUGUGAGCGUAGCAGAAAUUAUUUUUGUAACAUAAUUCAUAUUUAUGAAAUACUUUGUAUACUAAAUAGGAAAAUAUGUACUCCUUAAUAUGUAUUUAAUAUGCCUGACUUGUUUUCCUGAUCGCAAUGCAUUAAUCAUUCGAUAUAAAUAAAAGCAGAACAAUAUACCAAACUGAAACCGGGGGAUGUAAUGUAUAGAGUAAUCCGGAAUUAAGUGAUCAGGUAUCAUAAUAAUAAAAUUGUUCUGUACUAUUCUUGUGAAAUUAGCAUAUUAUCUUAUUUCAGAUUUGGUACCAAUGGUGCAUUUUGAAAUAGAUUCAUUAGUUUUUUAGUAUUGUGUCUCAGGCAGUUAUUUUGCCAUCGGUUGUCUUGUUUUUCAGGGUUUUACAGCUUAAUCUGAGUAGUUUUCACUACAUGUAUUUACAGGAAUUCAUGAUAAAGGUAAUAUUUCCAUUGUAUAUGCAUACAUUUUCUGUUCUUAUCUGUCUGGCUUCUGUCAGUCAGAAAAAAAAAA